AUGAAGAAGGACGAGACUGUGAAGAUGAUAAGUGCCGAAGGUUUCGAAUUCGUCGUCGACAAGAACGCUGCCAUGGUUUCUCAGACCAUCCGCAACAUGCUCACUUCUCCAGGUAGUUUUGCUGAGACGGAGCAUGGAGAGGUGACGUUUCCGGAGAUAAGCGCGGUUAUUCUGGAGAAGAUUUGCCGGUACUUCUACUGGUCUCUUCAAUAUGCCAGUGGCAAGGAAACUGAGUUCCACAUCGAACCAGAGCUGACUUUGGAACUCAUGAUGGCGGCUAAUUAUCUGCAUACAUAA